AUGUCUGGCCAAAAGAUCCUCUUGACCGGUGUGACCGGCUUCAUGGGCGGUAGCUUCCUCACCCAGCUCCUCGCAUCCUCCAACCCGGACAUCAAGAAAUCCUCCUUCUCCGCCCUCGUCCGCAAGCAAGAACAAGCCGACAUCCUAAAAGCCAAGGGCAUCAACGCGAUCGUCUUCAACGAUCUCGACGACUCCGAAGCCCUCAAGCAAGCCGCCAGCGAGCACGACAUCGUGAUCCACAGCGCCAACGGUUUCCACGCCGCCUCCGCCAAAGCCCUCAUCGAAGGACUCGCCGAGCGCAAAAAGACCACCGGCGGCAAACCCGUCUUCUACAUCCAAACCUCCGGCACCUCCAACCUCGCCGACCACCCCAUCACCAAACGCUACAUCCACUCCCCACCCACCACCCGCGUCUUCUCCGACGCCACCGAAAACAUCCACCAAUACCUCCUCGACCGCGAAACGGCCGAAGCCUACCCCCAGCGCACCACCGACAUAACCGUGACCACCACCGGCCUAGCGCUUGACGUCCCCACCCUCAUUAUCAUGUCCGCGACCGUCUAUGGCCGCGGCACAGGGCUGUUCAACACGGCAUCCAUCCAGGUGCCUAUCCUCACCAAAACUGCCAUCGCCCGCGGUCAGGCGUUCUAUGUCGGCCCUAAUGGUGCGGGUGAGUGGGACCACGUGCAUAUUGAGGAUUUGGCCGCGCUGUAUGAGUUGUUGUUGGGCAAGGUACUCGCUGGGGAGAAGGUGCCGACGGGGGAGAAGGGGUUGUAUUUCUCUGCGGCCGGGAAGCAUAGUUUCAAGGCGGUUGCGGAGGCGGUGGGUAAGGCUGGGUAUGAGUUGGGUGCGCUGAAGACGGCGGAGCCGGUGAGCGUGGCGUUGGAGGAGUUUGCGGAGGUUCUUGGGGGGAAUGCGCAGUUGGCUGAGUUGGGCUUUGCGUCGAGGGCUGUGACUGAUGCUGCAUUGGCUCGGAGCCUUGGCUGGGUGCCGAAGAAGUCGGAUGCGGACUGGUGGGCGAGUUUUAAGGAGGAGUUUGCUGCGGUCUUGGCUCAGACUAAGGCGUAG